AUGGAUGAUUUAGAAAUCGUUUAUACACUUCGUAAACGAAUUAAUAAUCUUGAAAAUAAAUUAAAAAGUUUAACCUGUGAAAAUGUUCAUAAUAAUGUUGAAACAAAUAAAAAAACUGUUUCUCGAAUUAGUAAAAUUGAAGCAAGAAUUAUUAAAUUAAAAGGUAUACAAAAUUUUACAAUUUAUCAAGUUUAUUCCAGCUUAAAUAGUAGACCAAAAACAUUAUCAAAUAUAUUUGAUAUGAAAAUGAAAAUAAUUGAAAUUGAUAUUGAAGAUAAUAUAACGAAAUUAAAAAUGGGACCUUGUUCAUUUAAAUUAGAUGAUAAAAAGCUGGCACUAAAAGAUAUUAUCUAUCCAAAUGAUUCUACUGAUAGAAAUCUUAUUAAUAUUUUAGCAAGAUAUAGAAAAUUUAUUCAUAAAUCAGAAGAUUUUUCUCAUGAAAAAUUUCAAAUCAGCCAAGAUUCAAUAGAAACUCUUAUUAUUUUACUUAAUGAUUUUAUUGGUCAGUAUGAAGGUGAAUUAACUUUUACAAAUGAACAUAUAAAUUAUUCAAAUUCUCUUCAAUAUAUGAUUUGUGGUAUUGCUAAUUUAAGUAAUAUUCAUUUAAUAAUUUCAAAUUUUAUUCAAACAGCAAUAUUUUCUGUUAAAUUAAAUAUUAAUUAUGAUCGGGAUUUGAUAAGAUCAACUUUAACAAUGAAAAUUUUUAUUUAUGAUUUUAUUAAGUCAAUAUCCGAUGUACUUCAUUGUAACAGUGAUUUUAUUCGAAUAUUUUCCAUUGAAAAACUUGAUAGUAAACGUUCUAUUAUACAAGUUAAUUUUGGUUUAACAACACCUGAAAAAAAUCAAACAGAAAUUCUUGCUCGACAUUUUCAAACUCUUGUUCGUCGAUCAGAUUUUCGAAAUGAUAAAAUUCUUCGUUUUAUUCAAUCUGAUCGUUAUCGUUAUGAAUUAAAAUGUCAAUUGUCGUAUUUUCAAUUGAGUUCAAAAGAUUUUGAUGUAAAUUCUAAUAAUGAUCCUAGAAAAAUCGAUUUAUUAAAAGAAAAUCAAUUUGAAAACUGUUCAUCUGACAUUCGAGAUGACUGGUUUCGUCAUGAAAUUAAUCUUAAUAAUAAAUAUUUUGAUAAUCAAAUAUGCUUUUCAAAUGAUAAUAAUAACAAUGAUCUAUGGCCAUUUGCUUAUCAUGGAACCUAUUCAAUAUUAUUGAAGAAUAUUUAUGAACAAAUGAAUUUAUUUAAUAAAAUUAAAAAAGAUUCAAUAGAAAAUCAAAUACAAAUAGAUAGUUCUUCUUCUUCUUCGUUUAUUUAUCUAACAACAAAUUAUAAUGAUGCUGCUGAUGAUAAAUAUACAAAAGCAAUUAGAAUAUCAAAUGGUGAUAAUAAUCAAAUGUUUAAACUUAUUUUUCAAUUUCGUGUUAGACCGAAUUCAUUUACUAUCCAUACAGAUUCAAUGACUCAUGGACCAUUAUGGAGAAUUAAUGAUCCAUUAGCAAUUCGUUCUUGUGGAUUAUUAAUUAAAAAAGAAGCUUAUUUACAAUAA